AUGGUGCAAAGUUGCAAAAACAAAAUCUCGGUGUCCGACGAGGAAACCAUAGUGAAGAUAUGUGCAUCAACAUUUACCAGUGAACAAAUAGAAAAAUCAAACAAGUUGCUGCUCGAAUCCCUACCCGCUGAACUGAGGAAAUCAAAUAGAAAAGGAAAGGGUAAGGAGAACCGUAUAUUGACCGAUAUAAUAAGCAUAUUAAAAGGGACAGACAUAGAAUUAUUGCCAGUGUUUGUAGCACGCGAGUUGGAAAAAUUACCACCUCUAACUGUCGAUCACUUAGAUGUCAGCAAACUCCUUAAAGAUCUGGCUCUAGUGCAAGCCGAGGUUCGACUGAUUAAGGAGUCAUAUGUAACAAGGAGUCAAAUAGAAGACUUUAAAAAUGAGUGUAAUCGUAAUAUUACGUCGUCUUCAUCGUCAGUCCCGGGUGCAGGAAUAAACUUGAACUCUCUCAUUUAUUUAAAAAGUAAGCAUGAUACGGCCGUUGGUGAUAAAUGUGGCAAUCAAUUUUUGGAUCACGAAGCAAUUAAUACGUCACAUAAAAAAUUUACCAAUUUAAAUUACGGUGAAGGUAGAAAUAUGCCGAUACCGUGGCCGACUCAAAAGGAUCGCUGCGAGUCAGCCGAAAGUAGCCGAGCGCGGCCGAGCUCGGCCGACGGCCGAUGCGUCGAUGGAGGUGAAGAAGGCGGGUCCGCUACGUCACCGCCACCGCCAACUGCAAGCGGUGCAGCCGAUCAGCUGUUAAAUAACAAUGAAACAGGCUCUUAUGCGAGUAUCGCGCAACGAAAAAAGGUGGCAAACAAUGGAUGGACGGAAGUGCGACGCAGAAAAAUUCCCAAUUACCGCUUACUAGGCAAAAAGGAUAAAAACAUUCUAAAAAGGAAGGAGGUAGACUGUUUGGCGGACUGGAACUCUUCAAAAAGGUCUGACGACUCUGUAAUGCUGGUCAAUUAUUUCUAUACAGCAUCACAAACGUUAUUGUCACUGGUCCGUUUCUGUGCAAUCUAG